UAGCUCUAAUAUCGGCAUAACCCAAAGGAAUCUUUACAAUUAGGAAGUAAAUAAAUUCUAUUAAUCGUAUGUUUAUGUUCUUGAGGGAUUUGGUAAGACUGUUUUCAGUCACAAGAGCUAAAUUCGACAGUAGUAGACUGCAGUCCUUAUUUUGUCUGAAUCAUAUCUCAAAUUAAUUUGAUUUUUUUUUUACCACCUACAUUCUCCAAAUUUGUCUCUAAUCUCUCCUGGUCCCUUUCUUCUUUCUCUCUCCUUCUCUUCUUUCUCUCACACACUCCAUCUAAAGUCCAGAUUUAUUUGAACUUCUGCAUAAAAAAUAAAAAAAGGGAAAAAAUAUGUUUCUUAUACUCUGAACCCAUGAUUUAAUCGCGGUUUCAAUUCACUUGUUUGAAACCGUUUCUGGGAUUUUUCUGUGAUUUAUUUUUGUGGUGGAUGUUAUGAAGAUGAACUGAGGCGCACCAAGUGUUUGUGAGAAGGCGUAAAAGACAGAAUUUUGAAUUGUGGGGUUUGGAGGGAGUUUCAUCAAAAUGAGGGACUUCCCAUCUUGUUUUGGGGAAAAUGCAGUGCAAAUUUCUGAUUCUUCAUCCUCAAAUGGUAACAAAACUGCUCAAAAUCUGGUAACUUGUGUAUAUCAAUGUCGAUUUCGAGGGCGGUCAUGUCUAAUAACAGUUACAUGGAGUAAGAACUUGAUGGGUCAAGGUCUUAGUGUUGGAAUUGAUGAUUCAAGCAACCAAUGUUUGUGUAAGGUUGAUAUUAAGCCAUGGUUGUUCUCAAAGAGAAAAGGGUAUAAGAGCUUAGAUGUAGAGUCUAGUAAUAUUGACAUUUAUUGGGACCUUUCAUCUGCUAAAUUUGGAUCUGGGCCUGAACCUUUGGAGGGAUUUUACUUGGCAAUUGUGUGUGAUAAGCAAAUGAUUCUUCUCCUUGGAGAUAUGAGAAAGGAGGCUUUUAAAAAGACUAAUGCUUCCCAAGUUCCAAGUGCUGCUGUUUUCAUAGCAAAGAGGGAGCAUGUUUAUGGGAAGAAGGUAUUCUAUGCAAAGGCUAAGUUCAGCGAUAAUGGUCCGGUGCACGACCUCAUGAUUGAGUGUGACACAAUUAGCACUAAUGACCCGUGCUUGAUUGUCCGUGUGGAUACUAAAAAUUUGAUGCAGGUCAAGCGGCUUCGAUGGAAAUUCCGGGGUAAUCACACUAUCCUGAUUGAUGGCCUCCCUGUUGAGGUUUUCUGGGAUGUGCAUAGUUGGCUUUUCGGUACAUCUCCUGGUAGUGCAGUUUUUAUGUUCAGAACUAGUCUAUCCGCUGAGAAGAUAUGGAAUAGCCAACCUCUUUGUGAUCCUAGUGUAUUGCAUUGGCCAACUUCGCAAAGAAUUCGAGAUUCUCAGUCGCACCAACUUGGUUUCUCUCUGAUUUUGUAUGCCUGGAAGCAAGAAUAGUAAGAUUUAAGGAUUCUUUGUUGAGUGCUAAGUGCUAACAGAGAUACACUAGGGAGUGUCCAUUUACCUUUCUCUGUGAUGGAACUACUUCAUAAUUUUUAUAUAAUUGGUGUUCCUUUGUCUUUUCUAUCCUUUUUGUGGAGGAAGAAAAAUUAAAUAGAUCAAAGUUAUUUUUGUUGCCUUUGAUUGUAAAUUCCUCUGUCCAUUGUCCUCUUUAGUUUUUGUGCAAUAUUCUGUUGCUUUUAUGGAGACUAUAUCACAUUUGUUCUUGUUAUUUAUAGAGGAUUCGAUGAAAUUUAUUCCAGUUGUAUCUCAGCUGCAAACU